UCACACUGUCGUCGUCGUCGGGAACAAAAAAUACGAAGAAAAUUGCUUUAUUCAACGAAAUUUUGCAUCAAAUUAUUGAGCGCAAAAUUUCAGACGAGAGCAAGUGAAAUCGCGGCCAGCAAUCUAAUUUGCGCGGAUAGUAUAUUUCUUUCUUACCCCCGGUUAAUAAAAAGGCGUCAAAAUUGAAUCGACAAAGAUUGACGAGUCUUUUCCUUCCACCACAACUGCGAUGGAGGAUAAAGCGACAACAAAAGAUCUUGAUCAAUGGAUUGAGCAGUUGAACGAAUGCAAUCAGUUGACAGAAACACAAGUUCGCACUCUUUGCGACAAGGCCAAGGAGAUCCUCUCCAAGGAGUCGAACGUGCAGGAAGUCAAAUGUCCCGUCACAGUCUGCGGAGAUGUGCACGGCCAGUUCCACGACCUCAUGGAGCUGUUCCGGAUAGGCGGCAAGUCCCCUGACACAAACUACUUGUUCAUGGGCGACUAUGUGGAUCGCGGCUAUUAUUCCGUGGAGACUGUCACCCUGCUGGUGGCGCUGAAGGUGCGCUAUCGCGAGCGCAUCACCAUCCUGCGCGGCAACCACGAGUCGCGCCAGAUCACACAGGUGUACGGCUUCUACGACGAGUGUCUGCGCAAGUACGGCAACGCCAAUGUGUGGAAGUAUUUCACGGAUCUGUUCGACUACUUGCCGCUGACGGCGCUGGUUGAUGGGCAGAUCUUCUGCCUGCACGGCGGUCUCAGUCCGUCGAUCGACAGUCUGGACCACAUUCGGGCCCUCGAUCGCUUGCAGGAGGUGCCCCACGAGGGACCCAUGUGCGAUCUGCUCUGGUCCGAUCCCGAUGACAGGGGUGGCUGGGGAAUCUCGCCCCGUGGUGCCGGCUACACCUUUGGACAGGACAUUUCGGAAACGUUCAACAACACAAACGGCCUGACGCUCGUGUCGCGUGCCCAUCAAUUGGUGAUGGAGGGCUACAACUGGUGUCACGAUCGCAAUGUGGUCACAAUUUUCUCAGCGCCAAACUAUUGCUACAGAUGCGGCAACCAGGCGGCUCUUAUGGAACUGGAUGAUUCACUUAAAUUUUCAUUCCUACAAUUUGAUCCAGCACCGCGGCGCGGCGAGCCUCAUGUUACGCGAAGAACACCCGAUUAUUUCCUUUAAGCUGGAUUGCGCUUACAUUUAAACAUAUUACAUCGCAUUAUAACAACAAGAACAACAACAACAAGAAAAAAACCCAAUAUAUAAUAUAAACAAAACAAACAAAAGAAAUCAACAACCAAGCAACAACACAAAGUAUAUAAAAAUAAACAACAACAAAAUGGCAAAUGCUGUUAAUGAGAAAUGAUAAGAAAAGAAAUCCCUAAAACCCAACAGAAAAUGAAAACCUAUUCUCGAUGCAUUUGUUCGAAACAAUUCGAGAACGAUGCACUAAGCAGCCUUUGAUCGUUCCGUUGUUUGUUGUUUUGCCCAAGUCGCAUUCGGAGGCGACAAAAGAUAAAUAUAUCAAAGAGAGGAGUGGAGCGGAUGAAGGAGGAGCAGAGGCAGAAGCAGGAUGAAAUGAUGAUACAAUCCAAUCAAACCUACCAACCUACCAACCAACCAACCAACAACCAAGCAACAAGAACUACAACUACUUAGCUAAAUUUGUUAAUUUAUAAAAAUAACGAACUAAGCGCCGCAGCAGCAGCAAGCAGAAGCCAGAAACCAGAAUGGGAGUGAUGGAUGGAUGGACGGGUGGAUUAUGACAUGUGUGGGACUUUUAGGGCGGGGAAGGGGGAGAGUAUAUGACAAAGGACGAUGGACUACGAACAACUGACAUACCGACCCCAGGACGACAGCAGACGGCAGCAUGUGGGAGUACUAAAAGCAUGAGGGAGGAAGUAGCACGAGAAGCAGGAGCAGCAGCAGCAGCAAGGGGGAAAAGCGCGGGGCGGGCCAGCGAUUCAUACAAA